GGGUCCUGAACUUGUUUUUUCAUAGAAAAGCUGAUUGAGAUUUGAUCAGAUCAAGGACCAAAAUAAAAAUACAGGAAUUAUGAAGACAAAAAAUUACCGGGUUUUAUGUAUUGUAGUGUCUGUCUUAACUCUGCAGCUCAUGAAUGGCUCAUCAGCAGCAACACCUCCUCCACCUCCAAACGGUAAGAAUUCUUCAACUUCUUGUAACAGAACCUGUGGAGGAAUCUCGAUCCCCUUCCCGUUCGGAAUCGGUGGGAAGGAUUGUUAUCUCAACAGUUGGUACGAGGUUGUCUGCAACACCACCACUUCCGGGUCGUCCGGCACAACUGUUCCAUUCCUGUCGAGAAUCAACAGGGAAGUGGUGAACAUCUCUCUUCCAGAUGGUUAUGGACCAUACGGAGUAGUUCUCAUCAAAGGUCCUGUGACUUCGUUGGGUUGUUCUAGUAAUACUAGUCAAGUACCCCAAAAGUCGCUGCCGGAUUUGAAUGUCACGGGCAAGGGCAGCCCAUAUUUCAUCACCGACGAGAACCGUCUCGUCGCGGUUGGUUGCGGUACAAAGGCGUUGAUGACGGAUAUUGAAUCAGAGAUCUUGGGUUGUGAAUCGAGUUGCGAAGAUAGCAAGAGUAGUCAAGAAGUAACAAACUCGUUAUGUGACGGUUACAAAUGUUGCCAGGCGAGGAUACCGGUGGAGCGUCCUCAAGCAGUAGGUGUCAAUGUAGAGAGCUCAGGAGGAGAAGGAUGCAAGGUUGCCUUCUUGUCUAGCAAGAGGUAUUCACUGUCAAAUGUUACUGUACCAGAACAGUUCCAUGCUGGUGGCUACGUGGUGGUAGAGCUAGGUUGGUACUUUGCUACUUCGGAUUCUCGCUUUAGGAACCCCUUCGGUUGCAUAAAUAUGACCUAUUCCGGAUCUUACUCAUCCGAUGAUAAUUGUCUUUGCGACUAUGGUUACUUUUCCGAAAUUAGUUAUAGGAACUGCUAUUGCUCCCUUGGCUUCACAGGGAAUCCAUAUCUUCGAGGGGGUUGCAUAGACGAUGAUGAUUGCAAACGACCCAAUAUAUGUGGAGAAGGCACUUGUGUGAACGUGCGUGGAGGCUAUAGAUGCGAUCCCAAGCCCAAGAUAAUCAAGCCGGCCAAAUCCCUCGUGCUACAAGGUGAGUUCCAAUGGCACCUUGCAUCUACCAUCCUUUAAGGUAGAGCAGGAAGCAGUUUUAUUUAUGUUUUCCUUCGUUGUUGCAGGGGUUCUUUUAGGUUUGUUGGGACUAUUGUUCUUAGUUGUUGGUACGCUUGGGUUGGUCAUAGUUAUAAAAAAGCGAAGGAGGA